GUAGUGGGGGGCUGAAGCUGAAGUUUUCCUCUCUCUCUCUCUCUCUCUCUCUGAAGGUGGGUGAGUUCCUGCAAUUUUGAGAAAGGAGAAAAGAAAGGAAAAUGGAGAAUUUGUGGGACAAAUGGGUAGAAGAAUCGGUGGAGAAGCUGGAGGGUUCAAAACUGCUGUUAUCUCUGAGAACUAUGUAUCUGAAGAAUCUGGAAGAAGAGGAGGAAGUAAGAGGAAGCAGAACAAAUUUGGAAGAAGAAUUUCCAGUCUUCAAUCAAUUGAACCCAUGGGACCGAAACUCUGUAGAGCUGGCUGUUUCAGAGUUUACCUUUAACAAAUGGGUCAAUGGUCUCUCCAGUUGUGGAGAGGAGAUUGUUCACAGGAAUCCAGAGCAGAAAUUCAGGAAGUUGCUUGCAUUCUCUGGAAAUGAUUAUCUGGGGUUGAGCGCCCAUCCCGCAGUUACAAAUGCCGCCGCAAAGGCAGCCCGAGAGCAUGGAAUGGGGCCAAGGGGCUCUCUUUUAGGGUGUGGGUAUACCAACUACCACCGGAUGUUGGAGACAAGCUUGGCGAGGUCCAAGAAAAAGGAGGAUUGUGUUCUUUGUCCAACGGGGUACGCCGCAAAUGAGGCGACGAUGGUAGCAAUCGGCGGAGUGGCCGCUCUGUUAUCGCCGGGUGAAAAGCCUGGCGACGCCGACAAGGUUGCCAUUUUCUCCGAUGCCCUAAAUCACGCAUCCAUUAUUGACGGUAUGCGUCUUGCAGAAAAGCAAGGCAAUGCUGAAGUCUUCGUCUACAGACACUCCGACAUGUCCCAACUCGAUGCCUUGUUAUCGAAUUGUCCCCUCAAGAAAAAGGUUGUAGUCACUGAUAGCUUGUUUAGUAUGGAAGGAGACUUGGCGCCACUGGAUGUGCUUGUUAAGCUUCGAAAGAAGUAUGGCUUCCUUUUAGUCAUGGAUGACGCUCAUGGGAGUUUUGUUUUCGGCGAAAACGGAGGUGGACUAGCUGAGCUAUUUGAUUGCGAAAACGAAGUUGACAUUGUUGUUGGGACUCUAAGUAAGGCAACUGGUUGCCUAGGCGGAUUCGUAGCAUGCAGCAAAAAUUGGAAGAAACUGAUUCAGUCAAAAGGUCGAUCGCUUAUGUUUUCAACUUCUAUGCCACUCCCUCUUGCUGCCGCUGCACAUGCUGCUGUAGUCGUGGCAAAAAAAGAAAAAUGGCGGAGAAAGGCAAUUCUGGAUAAUAUGCGGGAAUUCACUGCUCUCUCGGGAGUUCGCCUCACUAGUCCCAUCGUCUCUCUUGUUGUAGGCACUGAAGAGAAAGCCAUUCGGGCUGGCAAGUAUAUGCUAGAAUCUGGGUUUCAUGUGCUGCCAGUCAGACCGCCUGUAGUGCCUCCAAACUCAUGCAGGCUAAGGGUGACACUCACAGCAGCUCAUACAAAAGAGGAUAUACAGAAUCUGAUAGCUGCGUUGUCAAAAUACAUAAACUUCCAAGAUUUUAUCACAAAUAACUCAAAUAUAUCCUCCAAGCUCUAAAAUUCAGAUUGUCUUUACCUUACAUAUCUUAUCUGCGAUGAAAUAUUUGAAUAAGGAACAUUGAUUAUAGUUAAGUGAACAAGAAGGAUGAAAAGUAUCCAUUCGACCUUCUUGUGCAUGACAUCCCAUUUUCAAUUUGUAUGAAGAUGAACUUGAUUUCAAUAAUCAGUGUCCAAUUAUGUGUAUUUAUAAGAUAGCUCCAGCUAACUAAGACCGAGACCAAGUUACCAUUGGGAAGCCAAUCUCUUGAGUGCCUUUUAUUGUAAA